AUGACGGGUGACACUGGAUUUCUCUAUGGGGAAGAUGCUGGUAUCGUGAGAGUGGUGGCAUUGCACUCGGAAGGCGACGUCGAUGGCAAGCUAACACUGGGACCGCUUGAAUGCGAAGGAUUCGCAGCUGCUGCUCCAAUACGCUUUGCGGAGCCGCGAGCAAUACCGAUACGCGAUUGGAACGGGGAACCGUUGUCGUUCCAGUUCCGAACAGCUCUACCCUUUGCUACUUUGUUCUCUGUUCAAGAGAGCGCUGAGAAAUUCCUUACAGUGGAAUUGGUUCAAGGCCAUAUGAUUCGCGUGCUGAACGACACAAAAUGGCAUCUUCUUGUGCUGGAAAUAGCGAACGAUGAAAUCCGGUUGGGUGUCGAUGGCUUCAACUCAUUCACCGCCAUUAACGAAACAGAGAUUCCAAAGGGAAAACUUCAGCUGAACGACGAUGACAGUGGCUUCACCGGAUGCGUCCGCUCCCUCGUUAUUGAUGACGAAGCGAUUGGCUUACAAGCCAUCGGAAAAGACAUCGAAGAUGUAUACCUAUAUUGCGACGACCGAUGCCACGAGAAUUUCUGCCAAAAUGCAGCCGA